CAGAGCUCAGGCGUAGCUCAUCUAUACGCUGGACUCGCUGGCCAAUACAAUCAAAGCACCAAGCUUUGAUUGGGAUCCCAUGAGAAGCGGCAAAAAUCUGCGGCCGAGUCUACAAAGAUUUACACAUCGAAUCUUGUCUUUCGGAACGGAAAACUCUCGAGUCUUCGGUGAUGAGGGCUUGGAGCAAUUCCAGCCCGCGCUGCCUUCAUGCUCAUCGUAACUCCCUGGGAGUCAGAUCAUUCGGAGUUUGGUUCCUAGGAUUUAGGUUGUGUUCGGUCGAAAUGGCUCGUUCCGUUCGAAUUCGUGUCGCGGCGAAAAUCGGACAGUAAUUGAAAUUGAAUGAGCGAUAAAUGUUGAACGAGGACGAAACAAGAUAUGGGAAAGAGGAAUUGGCUGGUAUUCACGCACGCCGCCAACCAUCGCGACCAUGUGCUUGCCGGAGAGGCCAUAGAUCACAUGCAGGAUAAUCUGGAUGCCGAUACGAACGUGUUCUCGAUCUACUUUGGUCCGACGCUAAAAUCCGUGGCGACCCUGACACACAUCCGGCACGACGAAAGAUUACUCAUCGCAGCGCUGCCGAACGAAUCGGUCGACACAGCUCUCGCGAACACGUGCGAGUUCACCAAAACCCUGCACAAACUUCUGUGGGAGUUGAGCGAGCGCAUCGAGGGCGUGUGCGUCUGGAGCCACGGCUCGGGAGGAAGCGGAAUCGGGGUCUGGAAGCGAUGGAAGAUGCCAUUCAUGUCGUGCGUCGAUCUGGUCCGAACCGUCAUUCGACCCUUCAAACCGCGCAUCGUUUGCUUCGAUGCCUGUUACCAAGGGAGCAUGUCCUGCCUGUACGAGCUGGUGGGCGCGACUGACGUCGUGGUCGCCUCGCCGGGAUUCCAUCCCUACUGCUCGCUGCUGUGGACCGCAGCGUUCGGGGAGUUGUCCAAGGUCGGCCACAGGAAGCGCGACUUCGAGAAGUACGCGCACGAGAUCGCCUGUCAAUGGCACGCCAUGACGGCCGUCUACUACAAGUGCCUGCUGGUGUUCGACAUGGCCGUGAUUCCGGACGUGGCUGCUGCCAUCAAGCAGCACUGGGAUGAGCUUGUGUUCGACGACAGGUCGCAGAUCGACCAGGAGGAUCCCAACCUCCACGACGUUAGCAUUGCCUUCAGAAACAAUCCUUCCAUCCAGAAUUUGAUCGAGAAGAGCAUUUCGCAGUACACGCGCCAUUGCCUCAAAUGCCGAGGCACCUGCACUCGCUGGGUCAAUGGGCCCAGCAUGGAAGCCCGCUUGUUGAGGAAAUGGCAGGCGCCUUACACUCAGACGGCCUGGUAUCGCCACAUCCGCGGCAAACCAGGAUUCCACGACGCCAGGCUCAUUUCUUCCCAUCGCCAGAGUAGGGCAUCCUCCAAACGCGAUGAAGACCACGCUCACCGACAAUUCGCUCGACCUAACUGUCUCGUCGAUGGAUACACCUCUCUGAUCCGCCGACUUUCUCGGUCCUGAUCGCAGUUUGUACAUUACUAGCUCCAGACAAGGCUUUCGUUUCAGUAUCGGCAUUGCGUUCCUUCGAGGCUCGGAGCGACUCGAGACUUGUGGCCAUGGUGAACCAGAACCAAGUCCAGAUUCGACGAGGAACGCAUGGCCGCUAAGCUUGAUCAGAGAUCAGACGAGAUCGUUUGGAGGAAGUUUUGAUCCGAGCUCAAGAGCAACCGAGGCUUGCUUCUGGACACGGUAAUGUACUUCUUUUCAACUCUUCUGAAAAGUGAGAUGUUACAUUGACCAGAUUCGAGAUUCCUGGAAUCCAGCGCAUCUAAACUAAACUCUUUUUGGCACUAUUUUCAUUUCUUCAGUAUAUUUCGGCCUGGAGCUUUAGAUUCUCUAAUCUUACCGGACAUAUUGCACAUGAGAAUAUUCCGGGCGGAUAAUACUUCCGAUCUCAUCUGCACCGUCUCGAAGUAGUCACAAGCCAGUAGUCAACAAACAAAUUAACAAUCUAACAAAAAGUAGCCAACAAAUUGAAAGCGGUGUUUCGUUACUUCCAUGUGAUCCUUGCACCUGAAACAAGUCGCUCAUGUAAAUGUUGUACAACACGAUUCACUUUUUUGUCGACCAGGUAAAGUGAGUGUAUAUCGUGCCUGUAAUAACUCACUUUUUUGUCGACCAGGUAAAGUGAGUGUAUAUCGUGCCUGUAAUAAUUCAGAAUACUUCAUAACUCGAUCCCGUUUGGUAAUCCCUAAACGAACGAGGUUAUUCAACGGGAUCUCCUCCUACCG